AUGGAUUACCACCUGCUUGGACUAAUUUUGUCUUUUCUCGUCAAUGGCACAAAGGUCUUAGCCGGUUACCCAAUCUGGUGGUCCCUCGCACUCGGGCAGCAGUACAGCUCCCUGGGGUCCCAGCCCAUCCUCUGCGGCUCCAUCCCCGGCCUCGUCCCCAAGCAGCUCCGCUUCUGCCGCAACUACAUCGAGAUCAUGCCCAGCGUGGCCGAGGGCGUGAAGCUGGGCAUCCAGGAGUGCCAGCACCAGUUCCGGGGCCGCCGCUGGAACUGCACCACCAUUGACGACAGCCUGGCCAUCUUUGGGCCUGUCCUGGACAAAGCCACGCGAGAGUCGGCCUUCGUGCACGCCAUCGCCUCGGCCGGGGUGGCCUUCGCCGUGACCCGCUCCUGCGCCGAGGGCACCUCCACCAUCUGCGGCUGCGACUCCCACCACAAGGGGCCCCCGGGGGAGGGCUGGAAGUGGGGCGGCUGCAGCGAGGACGCCGACUUCGGCGUGCUGGUGUCCCGGGAGUUCGCCGACGCCCGCGAGAACCGGCCGGACGCGCGCUCGGCCAUGAACAGGCACAACAACGAGGCCGGCAGGACGACCAUCCUGGACCACAUGCACCUGAAGUGCAAGUGCCACGGGCUGUCGGGAAGCUGCGAGGUGAAGACGUGCUGGUGGGCACAGCCCGACUUCCGCGCCAUCGGCGACUACCUGAAGGACAAGUACGACAGCGCCUCGGAGAUGGUGGUGGAGAAGCACCGGGAGUCGCGGGGCUGGGUGGAAACCCUCCGCGCCAAGUACGCUCUGUUCAAGCCGCCAACCGAGCGGGACCUGGUCUACUACGAGAACUCCCCCAACUUCUGUGAGCCCAACCCCGAGACGGGCUCCUUUGGGACGAGGGACAGGACGUGCAACGUCACCUCCCACGGCAUCGACGGCUGCGACCUGCUGUGCUGCGGCCGCGGCCACAACACCAGGACUGAGAAACGGAAGGAGAAGUGCCACUGCAUCUUCCACUGGUGCUGCUACGUGAGCUGCCAGGAGUGCGUACGCGUCUACGACGUCCACACCUGCAAGUAA